CACUCAUGGAAACGUUUUACGUUUUACUAUUUAAGGAACCGAAAUCACUUGCAAGAGAGUCAGUACGAUUUAACGAACUUUACGUGAAGUUUCUUGUGAUUUAAUUGUGUUACGUUGUUUUCAUAAUCAAUACAAAAAAUGGCUUUCUUCAAAUCAUUGGUCCUCUUCGGAUUAGUUUUCGGUAUCGCUUCCGCUGCUCACUACAGAAUGAUGCCCAGACGAAUUAUUCGUGCCGCUCCCCAAAAUAUUCAAAACCCCAAUGAAAUCCUAGUACAAGGCUACUCCAACGAAAUCGACCCAUCCACUGGAAGCUUCCAAUACGGUUACCAACAAUCCAACGGCGCCUCCGUCUCAGCUAAAGGAUACCUCAACCAAGCCGGUAAACAAGUCAUCGAAGGCAGCUACUCUUUCGUCGAUGCCGCCGGAGUCCCAGUACAAAUCCAAUACGUAGCUGAUGAAAACGGUUACCAAGCUGUUGGUGACUCUAUCCCCCAACCAGACCCAGUUAUCGCCAAGGCUGUCGCUUACUUGAAAUCGUUACCACCUUCCAAAGAAGACCAACAAUAAAUCACUACGAUCAGUCACUAACAUGUUAAGAGUUUACCUAUUUACUAGUUAAAAUUUGCAGUUUUGUUAAAAUAUUCUUGUACUUAAAUUAAAAUCCAAAAUAAAAUUCCAAAUAUUCCAAUAAAUUCAUUUUUUUUU